UUCUCGCAAUCGCGCAUCACUAGAUUAUCAUCCUUACGUGGUGAUAAUAUAACCUAUUUUUAAUUUACAAAUUAGUGUUGUAAAUUUGUACAAUACGCAGGCAGACGUAUGCGUCGUUUUGUAUAAAAUAUUGUGAUCUUGUGAUUAACUUAUUAAUUACUGACAAUAGUUUUUAAAUAAAAACGUUUUUUCUUGUGGUUAUAAUACAGGUCUUAUAUUUGUUUGGUAUUAUUUUCUCUCCGGUAUUGUAUAUCCCUUAUACAAUUAAUUAAAACAUAGUACCGUACCAAGCAUAAAUUUAUUUUCAAUAUGAGUGAAUUAGGUGACUGGUUCAAAUCUUUACCAUUUUUCACCAGAUGGUGGUUAGCUUUAACUGCAGGGGUUUCUCUUAUGGGAAGAUUUGGGAUUCUGAAAGCAUACAACCUUAUUCUGCUUUAUGAACCAGUUGUACACAGAUUUCAGAUAUGGAGACUAGCCACAGCUUUGUUCUUCUACCCAAUCUCAUCUGGAACAGGGUUACACUUUCUGAUAAAUUGUUACUUCCUGUACAAUUACUCACUGAGACUUGAAACAGGUCAGUAUGCAGGCCGACCAGCUGACUACUUGUUCUUAUUGCUAUUCAAUUGGAUCUGUUGUGUAAUUGUUGCACUCAUCGUUGAAAUACCUCUCUUGAUGGACUCAAUGGUGUUAAGCGUGCUGUACGUAUGGUGUCAACUCAACAAAGAUGUCAUUGUCAACUUCUGGUUUGGCACACAGUUCAAGGCCAUGUACCUGCCUUUUGUGCUGUUCGCCUUCAACAUGAUCAUCUCUGGAGGGGGUAUGAUGGAACUAGUCGGCAUUAUCGUCGGCCAUGUCUACUUCUUUCUCAUGUUCAAGUACCCACUAGAACUGGGAGGCCAACAGUUCAUCUCUACACCAAGCAUACUGUAUCAAUGGUUUCCAAACCAACGGGUGACUGGAGGGUUUGGGCCAGCUCCGAUCAGAAGAGGAGGGGGAGACCAACCUCAGGGUGGUGGGGGUCCGCGGGGGCAUCAGUGGGGGCGAGGCAAUGUGCUCGGAGACAAUUGAUAAGCUGAGUGUUGUGUUAUAUUAUCACUAUACUGAAUGUGUUCGUCAUGGAGUGGAGUACCUAAGUCACAUUCUUAUUUUGUUAUGUGAGGAACAUUUAUUUAUAAAUGUUUGUGUUUGAUAAAUUAGAAAUGAUUUUUUUGCUAUCCGUAAUUUUUAAUGACAAUUUUGUUUGUUUGUAAAGACGGAUAUAGGUAUUAAAUAUUAUAUUAUACAUAAUGUGAAUGUUAAAUGGUUUUGUUUGAAGUGAAAUGUAUAAGACAAAAUAACAUUUCUCAAAAGAUUGAAAGAUUUUUUCAAGAAAGCUAAAUAGUGAAACUAAUUAUUAAAAUGUUGGGUACUAUGACAUAAUUUUAUUUUUUUAUGAAGUAUUGGUUUGCAUGUUAUAUAUUAAUACUUGCAGUUUAUAUUUUGUAAUUAUAUCAUGAUUAAUUAUUAGAACUUUUUUGUUAAUUGAUUUAUAAUAAAAUUGUACUAAUUGUUUUGGUAAUGUA